UGAAACAUGGCGCGAUGUAGCGUGAUGAUGGGAUUAAUCACUGGCAUGGUUGGGUUUGGUUCUCCUUCGGUUUGUGCUUUCUCAGGGAAUCAUGAUGGGCAUGUGCGGGCAUCCUUCAGUUGCGUCGUGGACUUGCCCUUGCGUGGACGGGAACACACACUCCACACCGCACGGCGCGGCGCGGAAAGGAGGGCGGCAAUAUGCCGGAUACCAUCUCCGUCUUUUCUUUUGGGCAGGUGUUGGAUUAUUAGGUGCCAUUAAGGGUUUGGUUGUUUUCUACCCUCGACAUUUGGCUGUACGAGGGUGUUUCCUGUCUAGUAGAUGUACCACCAACUGCAGCAGGCUGGGCUUGCGCAGGCCGCUGUUGUUUCUCUUAGCUAUCUCGUUAGGAUGAGAAGUUUGUCUCUAUUCAUAUUACCUUUUGCAUGCCUGCAGCAUUGAGGGUGUGGUAUUGCCAAACAUGGCCUUGGCCACGGUGAAACAGUCAGACGAUGCUACAAGUACAAAGCCAAGGACGUGUGGCAGGCAGAGGGCCUUGGUGGUGUUGGAAGGGACCACAGGGGCGACGGAUGUCUCAUGUUGUAUCCC